GUGCCUUUGCCCUCGCUGAUGAACGUGCUCUUCACCCAUGAACCGCGACUUUCUCUCGCUGGUCCAGUAUUUUUCUCUUCGUGCAUAAAGCUUGUCGCUCUAUGCUGGGGUUUGGUGAAGUUCACGAAACUACGCUUCUUUUGGCCAUGUCUUCCACUUAAUCCGAAGCACGAUACACGAGAGAAUGUUCGGCGAUGCUUUACGCUGAAUCUCUAUCGCUGUACGAUGAUAGCCGUGAACAUCUGCCACAUAUUAGCUAUAUACAUCGUCAUAUCAAACAUAAUUGCGAGUAGGAACGGUGGACGCCCAAUCGUCGUCAAAGAUGAGCCAGCUUGA